CCUGGCAGGUGUGAGCCGGUCAGUGACGGUGACAGUGGCCUACUUGAUGCAGCGCCUGCGCCUCUCACUCAACGAUGCCUACGACCUCGUCAAACGGAAGAAGGCUGAUGCCUCCCCCAACUUCAACUUUCUGGGCCAGCUGCUAGACUUUGAGCGCCAGCUGGGCCUGGCUGAGGGUGGGCUUGGGCCUGGUAGCCCCCCGGGCCCCCAAAGCCCCAGUCCAAGCCCUGCGCCCUCCCCUGCUGCCUUCUUCUCUGAUGAUGACCCAGGGCCAUCCCCUCAUAACCUCACAUAGCCCCCUAGGCCUGGCAUUUACCCCCCCUGCUUUCCCGCACUCUAGAGUAAGAGCUUAUGGCCUGGGGGCUCAAACUCGGGGAGGGCAGUGGCUAACCUAUAAGAUUCCUCCCCCUCCCCCCAACCACUGGCACCAGUGGAGCAGUCCCUGGUGGUUGGGCACCUACCCCCCAUCAUUUCUUGGGGGACUGGAACCAGCUGCUGGAGAAUAACCUGGAACUGGCAAUUGAGAACCUGAAGCCUAGGUUCUAGACUACCCCCCAUCUGCUGGGAUCUACAAGAGACUUGGAUCGUCUGUGCAUCCAGAAAAAAGGUGGAUCUAGACUGGAACCUCAUGGGAUGCUCUAGGACAAGCCCAGCCCCUGGGGUGCCAGGUCCAGGCUGAAGCCGGGUCAGGACCAGGAGGCACUAUGGGUGCCUCUCUGUGGGUGCCUGCCCAGCUGGAGGGAAGGGACUCUGCUCCCUGGCUGUGUGUGCCUGUGUGUCCUAUGCUCCCUGCCGGUGGGGGCUGGAGUCCCGCCUCCAUGCACAUGCCUGCAGGCGCGUAACCCUUGGGAGGGGUUGCCAUGUGCGCAUGUGCAUCUCAGGCCUUUUAUUUUUAACAGUUUUCAUAUAUGUGGGGUUGAGGGGGCAGGAGCUAGGGUGACCCUGGGGCUGGUGGUCUCCCCCUGAAACAAAGUGGACAAUAAAGCAGGACUUUAUCGCCAAAGGCUGGGGGCCUCCUUUGUUCUGCCUGCGUGGGAGGAUUGUGAGGCCAGAGCCUUGGGUCUGUGGGUGCUGGGGCGGGCUUCAGGAGUUCCGGUGCCUGUGCUGAGGGCUCCCCUGCUGCGGGGGACAGGGGCCCCUGCUAGACCCCUGCCCCCUUUGUCCUCCAUCCCAAGCAGGCUCGCCCUCCGAUCCUGCCCAAAACGUAUCUAGCCCCGCUCCUCCCCGCAACAGCCAGGCUGGCUCCGCGCGCAAAGAGAAGGGGCGUGGCCCCACCUGAGCUCCCGACCAAUGAGCGGGGGCGGAGUCAAGACACUCGUCGCUCGGCGCGAAGAUGGCGAUAGCGGCCGAAGCAGCUGCGCUGUACCAGCGCCUGCAGGAGCUGGGUUGUCCCGCACUGGAAGGCGCGGCCCCGGGGGACCCCGAUGGCGCCCUACGCCUACUCUGCGCCCCUGGCGGGGCGCGGCGGGCAGCCGUCCUGGAGUGGGCCUGCAUGCGGACCUGCCCGCCGCUGCGAGAGCUGCUGAACGCGAUCCCUGAGGGCCGGGACGAGCUGAGAGCCCGAGAGGUGGUCAAGCUGGGGGCUGACCUGCUGCUCUGCCACCCGGAGGACCUUGCCCUCAUUAAGGGUGAUGCCCCCCCACUUCAGCAGCUCCGGUUCCUCGAGAGUCUCCUGAAUGCGGUGCCUGAGCCCAACUCGGAUGCCUCGCCAGCCAGGCACGGCGAGGACAUUCUGCGUGAGAUGCUAGUGGGCCCAGGCCUGGCCUCGCUGUCUCCCCCUGAUCCCCCUGUGGUCCCCAUGCUGCGCACCCUGCUGCCUGAGCUGCCGCCCAGCCCUCAGAGUCAGGAGGGGACCCAGGUAUCCAGGCUCGCACCCUUCCAGAGCCAAAAGAGAAUCCAGGUCCUGAGCUGGGGGGGGUCCCAGGUGUCUGGGCUGUGGUGUCUCUGCAGGCUUCAAGUGCCACAAGGGAAGUCACUGCUACAGCUGCACAAGGAGCUGUAUGAAGCUGAUGCUGCCCUGGCUCUGUUGGAAGCUGAGGAGCUGGUGGCGCUGGCCCAAGUCACAGACACAACACGGGAUGUCACGUGUGUCUCGGACCAGCAGCAGGACGCUGCCUGGAGGAGUGGAUCCAGCACCACCCUGUCCAGUCGCCUGCAGGAGCUGCAGGGCCAUUACCGGACCCUUCUUGCUUCCUGGAGACUUCCUGUGACCCCUGACCUCCCUGUACCCCCAUUGUAAACCACUCCCCAUGCCUGCUGGUUUUCUGGUCCAAUAAAGGCUGCACUUAAUUAUC